GGUUUUUGUUAAAAUAAAAAUAAUCUAGAAAAAUCUUGAGAUGUAUAGAAUGAUGUAGAAGAAAUGAUUCUAGAAGGAAAAAGAAAGAGAGAAUGGAACUAGGUAGAAAAGCUUAGGAAUAUCUAGAAAUAUCCAAGAAAUUAUCAUCUCAUGUCGGUGGAAGACAACACCAACUUUGAGCAUGUAUAAAUAUGUAGGAUGUGAAGUUUACAAGAAGCUGGAAUGAAUGAAAUAAUUUCCUCACAUCCAAAGCCUUUUACCACAUCAUCAAAUUUCUCACAGUAAGUAAACUCCAACAUUUACAAUACAAUCCGACACCUUUUGUAAAACAACAACAUUAUAGGUUGGAGUAAGCAUAGUAUAUUCUGAAAUCCACCAACUCUCGGUCAUUAUUGUUUAAUGUUCUUAAUUAAGCUUUUAUAUAAUGCAUAGUUGCAUAAAACAUUGUCAAUCUUUUUUAAAGGACUAUGGAGUAAGCAUUGGUUUUCGAAUUCAUCCAACUCACUCUCAGUCAUUCAAUAUUGUUUUUUUAGCUUUUGUGUUUUCUGAAAGAAAGUUAAACCAUCUCAUCUAUUUGGUCUCCUGUCUCAUCUAAAGUUCCACCAAUCAAAGCCAACUACUCGGCGACCGUGUUCUUCUCAGUUGACGACAGUAGCUAUUUUCAUCUCCAUUUGCAACUCAACUAGUUUCAUCAACUUUUUCUGUUCUGACUUCUGGAGUUUCUUCUCAGAUGGCUGAGAGUGUGUUGAGCUUUGCUAUAGAGAAGUUAGCAACAUUCGUAAUUGCGGAGGCAGAGUUGCUGGGUAGCCUUUCACAAGAUGUUACAGCCUUGAAAAAUGAACUAGCAACCAUCAAAGAGGUUCUAAAGGAUGCUGAGAAGAAAGCUGAGGAAGAUGAUACCAUCAACGAGUGGCUGAGACAAGUAAGAGAUAUUGGUUACCAGAUUGAGGAUGUCAUUGAUGACUACAUCCUAUUGAAAGAGUUACCGCAACAGCAGCAGCAGCAACAACGGCAACGAUCUUCCUCUAAUACUAGCAAUACUAGUCAGCUUUUCCUGAUGGUAACGAGAAUCCGUAAGUGGUUAAAUAAAGCAGUUGCUUGUGUUUCAGAGCUAAAACCCAAGCAUGAGUUAGCCUCCAAAAUUGGAGAAAUUAAAGGCGAGUUAUCUGAGAUAAGCAGCAGAAGGGAAAGGUAUAAGUUCAUUGCUUCAAGAGAUAGCUCUAGCAGUAAUGAGCGCUACCAAUAUCAGCAAGACCGUCAAGUUUGCUCUCUCUUCGUCGAUGAUUCUGAUAUUUUUGGCAUUGAAGAUCAUAAGGCAGAAAUCAUUAAGUGGUUGAAUUUGGAGAAGCAACAUGUACACCAGCAUGUGGCAGAGUGCCAUCGUUCCGUGAUAGCUGUGGUAGGUAUGGGAGGAAUAGGAAAGACGACCCUCGUUCGUAAAGUGUAUGAGGAUGAGGAGGUCAGAAGCUGCUUUAGUUUCUAUGCUUGGGUCACUGUUUCCCAAUCUUACAAGUGGAAGGUUGUGCUCAACAGCAUAUAUCAGCAAGUUCAUCCACAAUCAUCUCUACAACUUGAGACAUCUGAUGAAGUAAACAUCAUCAAUGAUUUACGGAAGCACCUCAAGGAUGAGAGGUAUAUUGUUGUCUUUGAUGAUGUCUGGGAUGUAGAGCUGUGGAGGUCUGUUAAUGCUGCUUUGCCUACUAAUAAUAAAAACAGUAAAAUAUUGAUGACAACGCGUGAUAAAAAUAUUGCUUUGCACUGGAUGGCUUCAUUAGGUGGUCAUACUCAUCAUGUGUAUGACCUGCAACCUUUGCCCAAAGAUGCAGCAUGGGAUCUCUUCUGUCAUAAGACUUUUGUUCAUGGCAUUUGCCCUCCAGAACUGGAACAAUUGUCACGUCAAAUGAUCGAAAAAUGUGAAGGAUUACCACUUGCAAUUGUAGCAAUUGCAGGCCUUUUAUCCACCAGAAUGAAGGUUCCUUCCGAGUGGAACAAAGUACAAAGUGGCCUUGGCUUUGAGCUCGGAAGUAAUCGACACUUCUCAAGUACCACAAAAGUACUACUCUUGAGCUACCAUGAGUUGCCUUAUUACCUUAAGCCUUGUUUCUUGUACUUUGGAGUGCUUCCAGGAGCUUAUUCCAUUGACUGCAUGAGACUAAUUCGGCUUUGGAUAGGAGAGGGUUUUAUACAAAAUCAGCGAGGCAAAACUCUCGAAGAGGUAGCGGAAGAAUACUUGAAUGAACUUGUACAUAAGAAUUUGGUUCAAGUCUAUGCGGAGGCAAAUAUCAAAAAAAGCAGACUAUUCAGGGUUCAUGAUAUCUUACGUGAGAUGAUAAUCCUUCCGAAGUUGGACAACUUGUGCUUCUGUCAAGUAUUAUCUCAGGACAAUUCUCCCACAUCCAAGCAGUUUCGACGAAUAAGCAUCCAUACUGAUUUUUUCCAUGACAAUAACAGUAUCAAUGUUUCAGAGAUGCUCGACGUUACACCUGGUGUCAGGUCUCUCCUUUGGUUUGUUGAGCCUCUAGAGCUCCCAGACCUUCCUCUACGCUCACUCCUUAAAGUUGCCUACUUCUUCAAGGUACUGGACCUUGAAGGCGCUCCCAUCAACCAUAUUCCUGAUGAAUUUGGAAAUCUCCCGCACUUGCGAUAUUUGAGCUUGAAAAAGACCAAUGUCGAGGUGAUACCAAAGUCGAUAGGACGGCUUUUGAAUUUACAGACACUAAAUCUCAAGCAUUGUUUAGUUGUUGAGCUUCCUAGAGAAAUUGGUCAGUGUAACAAGUUACGCCAUGUUCUUACUUUUCGGUUAAUUGAAAAAUCAAAGCAGGCUGUAAAAAUAUAUGAUGGGGUGUUAGAAAAUUUCAAGGAGUUGCAAAAGUUAGCAUACAUUGAAGUACAUGAAGUUCGUUUAAUAGAAGAACUGCAACAUUUGAAGCAACUGAGGAGGCUAGCAAUCACAAAGGUUAAGAAAGAGCAUGGAAGGGGCCUUUGUUGUGCUAUAGAGAAAAUGAAACAUCUCCGAUCACUUAGCAUAGAAUCUGCAAACCAUGAAGUUCUUGAUAUACAAUGGAGUUUAAGAUCACCUCCUUUACUACUUGAGCGUCUCUACUUGAAGGGACGGUUGGAGAUAUUACCAGACUGGGUAAAAAACCUCAAGAACUUGGCUAUGCUGCGUUUGGUCUCUUCAAGGCUUGAGGAUGACCCAGGAAAAAUCCUUCAACUGCUGCCUAAUUUGGUCCAGCUAACUCUAAAUGAUGCAUAUCUCGGUGAGAAGUUGGAUUUCGGAUGUACAAAUUUCUCCAAGCUCGAGAUUUUGGGGUUCUAUGAUCUGCACAAUCUGAAAUCCUUAGUUGGGAUGGGUUUGCCUUCCCUUCGGGAGGUAGAAAUUGAUAGAUGUUUACUAUUCUGUGAUUACCCUGAUGAAGUUGCAAAAAUUAUUACCAAGAAGGCUAUCCGGGUGUGUGCGUAUGUGCAUCGUGCAGCCUUUAUGUUUGAGCGAGCUAGUAAUAAUGCCAAACAGAGACAACUGCACCAGCUCUGAAUCAAUAUCAAAGCUGCCAUCGUCCGAAGACUGUGGAAGUCUGUGUCAAACAGCGGUGUAGAAAAUGGGUAUUUAUCAAUGUUAGAUGAUAUCUACAACUAUUAUGGUUUUGCCAAAUUAGAAUUUUAUCUUAUCUUAAUUGCUUUUUAUUAGCUAAUGUUGAAUUCUAUGAUAAACUUCAUAUCAUAUUGUAUUUUUAUAUUGUUGAUGAAUUAUAUAAAGAAUUUUUUGUGCGAAAUGACUAAUUAAAAUAGGG